AUGAAGUUAUUCUCACUGCAAAUGCUUUACAAAACGGAUACAUCAGCCAAAAUGUUACAGGCUGCACAUGAACUAUCAAAUUUUGGUUAUUUUCAACGUUCGAGUAUUAGAGAAUUUAUGGAUUUCACUGCUAAACUUGUUUGUGAACGAACAGAUCGCUGCCAGCGUGGAUUAAUUAAGGAGCAAGAUUAUAUUUGUCAUGUUUACGUGCGACAUGACAAUUUAUGUGGAGUUUUAAUAUGCGAUCAAGAAUAUCCUCAAAGAGUAGCUCAAACUUUAUUAACUAAAGCUACUGAAGAUUUUUCUGCACAAUAUCCUGCUGCCACGUGGACAAGUAUGGCUGAUGCAUCUGGUUCAUGUAAAAAAAUUGAUGAAUACUUACAGAAAUAUCAAAAUCCAAGUCAAGCAGAUGGUUUAAUGCGACUUCAAAAUGAAUUAGAUGAAACUAAAGUUAUUUUGCAUAAUACACUAGAAUCACUUUUGUCCAGAGGUGAAAAACUUGAUGACUUAGUUGAACGAUCCGAGGGGCUUAGUUUACAAUCAAAAAUGUUUUAUACUACAGCAAAGAAGACAAACAAAUGCUGCACAAUACUCUAA